GAUUUGGCCCAAGUCCAACACAGUGGUACUAGACCAGGCCGAUUCUUCCAGUCCACCGUCAGUCCCGUCUCCCAGUCACUGGUAACUGGCUAACUGCUAGCUGACGGUUUCACCGUUUCCCCCCCGGCCCGCAAACCCUAGCCCCCUCUCGCAUGGGGUUGCAGUCGAUUCUCCAACACUGCUCCUCCACACCUCGCACGAUUUCUCCAGUAUGAUCAAUUGGAGCUCCAUUUUUCAUUCACAAUCUCAUUCCUAGAGCAAUUUACUCGCUCCGCAUCUGAAGGAUUGCCAUUCCUCUGCGCAGGACUUUCUGAUCUUCUGAUCCUGCAAGCGAUUGUGAGCUUUCCAAAAAAAAAAAAAAAAAAAAUAAAUUGUUUCCUCUUAAAGCCCUAGGAACAAAAAUAGAGACGCUCUUUCCGUUCCAAUUCAAUCCCAAUUCAAGGGAUUUGCCCUUUCAUAUUGGCCUGAUCGUCAACCAAUAAACAAAUUUCCCAAGCUUUGUUCUGUGAACGAAUCUCUUCAAUCGACUUAAAGAGUAUGAGGAAAAGGGAGAGAGAAAACCCUUGUGGGGUUUGUGGGCACUACCACAAGUACGAGGAAGGGGAAGUUUGUGGGGUCUGUGGCCACCGAGUCCCGGGUUCGUCGGAGAAAGCUUCGCUUCAGCUCAGUGCUUUUCCUUCCGAGAUCUUGCCGGAGUUUCUCUAUUUGGGUAGCUACGACAACGCUUCGCGCUCUGAGCUUCUAAAGACUCAAGGGAUCUCUCGCGUCCUGAAUACUGUACCUGCUUGCCAGAAUCUCUACAAGAAUUCUUUCACUUAUCAUUGCCUCCAAGAUGACAAAAACUUACCUUUUGAUGAUGCAAUUCAUUUUUUAGAGCAAUGUGAAAAAGACAAGGCUCGUGUUCUUGUACACUGCAUGUCGGGGAAAAAUAGGUCACCGGCGAUUGUAAUAGCUUUCUUGAUGAAAUGCAAAGGUUGGAGGCUUGCACAGAGCUAUCAGUGGGUGAAAGAGCGGAGACCAUCUGUUGACUUAACUCAAGCUGUCUACCAGCAGUUGCAGGAAUAUGAGCAGAAGAUAUUUGGACCUGUUGAGGGCGGCGGCCCCGCCCUACCAAUCUUCCAGCCUUCAGGCAUGCCAACUUUCAGCUUUGGCUUUGCUAGGACCACCGAUGUGGCAUUGGCUCCUGCUUUCAGCAAUAUUGGUGCCACCUCCAUUUUUGCUCGUCCUUUAGAUAUUCCUUCCAACGAGUUCACAUUUGGGGCUGGCCAGACACGAAAUAAUGUAUCAGAAAGCCAAUUUGGUGCGAAUCCAACAAACCCAAGUAGCGGUGAUAUUUCCAUGGAUAGUUCCUGAUAACUUUUCAUGUUAUUCAUUCUUCUUUUUCUUUGCGAGAUCAACCUUCCGUCAUUGGUCAAUUGAGUCCUCACUUUUGAUCUUUCUUUUUUGUUUGAUAUUUGGAUGUAAAGUAGACCUCGGACUUCAUGGCUUUUGAGAUUUGUUUUUUUGGUACAUUAUGACUGUCUUCUUUUUAGUAGUCUGGUGAAGUGCAUAUGUCCAAGUUCCCUAAUCCCAUACUUCCUCUGUAUUUUGGUUAUUUAGUAUGGACUGGUAUUCUUGGUGUUGCGCUGUAUAUCACUCCUUUCAACAAA